CAACAAUAGGGGCCAUCGGGAGAGACAGCGCGAGACAGUUAGAGAUCCGUCCGAGAGCCCGAGCACUGACACGGGAUCCCUCCGCCAGCCAGACCCCAGUGAGUGCGGUGACCCGGGAUCCCUCCGCCAGCCAGCCGGCCGGACUCGCAGCAUGGCGGACUCUCUGGAGGACUCGCUGGAGGCGGACUGGGUGGCCGUGCGGCCUAACGUGUUCGAGGAGAAGGAGCGGCGGAAAUUCGUCUUCAUCGUGGCCUGGAACGAGGUGGAGGGCAAGUUCGCCAUCACCUGCCACAACCGCACCGCACAGCGCCAGCGGAGCGCAGAGCAAGGGGCCCCGCGGAGCCCGGCCAGGGGCCACAGCCAGGAGACCACUCAGAGCCCCAGCAAAGAACCCAGGCAGUCCAGGAGUCCCAGCAAAGAUGGGGGGCCCCUCCAGGCCCCCAGGGACAAGGCUGGCCCCCUCCAGGCCCCCAGGGACAAGGCUGGCCCCCUCCAGGCCCCCAGGGACAAGGCUGGCCCCCACCAGGCCCCCAGGGACAAGGCUGGCCCCCACCAGGCCCCCAGGGACAAGGCUGGCCCCCACCAGGCCCCCAGGGACAAGGCUGGCCCCCACCAGGCCCCCAGGGACCAGGCUGGUGGCGGUAGCCCCUCGCGGGAGGAGUCAGCCGAGGAGGAAUGCAGCUGGGCCGGCCUCUUCUCGUUCCAGGACCUGCGCGCAGUGCACCAGCAGCUGAGCUCGGUGAGCGCGGAGCUUGGGCCCCAUCUCCCCACCUUCCCCGAGGAGCCGUCUGGCAUGUGGUCCGUGCUGUUCGGGGCCCCUGAGAUGAGUGAAGAAGAGGUGGAGAUGCUCUGUGGCCAACUGCAGCUCUACCUGGGCCAUGCCCUAGACACCUGCGGCUGGAAGAUCCUCUCCCAGGUCCUGUUCACGGAGAGUGACGACCCUGACGAGUACUAUGAAAGCCUGAGCGAGCUUCGGCAUAAAGGCUACGAGGAGGUCCUGCACAGGGCCCGGCGGAGGUUACAAGAGGUGAGCUACUGGUGGGCAUCCUGUGGCACAGGUGACGCAGCACGGGACAUAUUGUCCUCGUCUCCUGCGUAAAUAACAUUUAGUUGAUUUAUUCUCUAAUGUGUGAAUUUUAGCAGCUUUAAAUUUAUUUCAAAUUUGACACUAAAAUAGCAGAACUGAUAACGUAUGAGGCUCAGUGAAUUUGUUCCGUGUAAAUAUUUUUAGUAUACAUCUUUUAAAAUUCACAAUUCACAUGUUAGAUGUAUUCACUAAAGUGUUAGGAGUACAAAGUAAUGUUUUAGGUCAAAAUAGUUAAAACCCAAUUCAUUUUCUGUGUCCUAAAAGGCGAAAUGCUCUCAGUUCUUGACAGUUGACACUGUUCUUUAUAAAAUUAAUUGACUGUGUUGUAAUUUCGCUGACAUUGUAAUGCAGUCAAUAGAUCUAAGACAAAGUAUGGGUUACUUUGUCUUGUGUAUAUUCCCUAUGGCUGACAAUACUUGACCAAAAACAGAGCUACUGUUGUCAAGUUUUGUCAUUUCCCUCCAGCCUUACUAGUGUCAAACUGAUAUGGCACUGACACUUGGGUACUAGCGGGUACCACUCCAGCAGGUGACGCCAGCAAAGUGAGCUGAUGCAAUGAGCCAGCAAAGUAAGCCCAUGUAGGACUGUGCUCGUAACAUGAGAGAAUCGGCUGAUUGUGGUCCUGCUUUGCUCUAAGCCAGGGGUCCUCAAACUCCAGCCCCCCAGAUGUUGCUGAACUACAACUCCCAUGAUUCUCUGGCUAUCUAUGUAAUUCAAAGAAUCAUGGGAGUUGUAGUUCAGCAACAUCUGGGGGGCUGGAGUUUGAGGACCCAUGCUCUACGCAGUAACAUCUGGAUUUUUCAGCUGACUGUAGUUAUCUGCUUAUAGUGUUCCUUUAAAUGCAAAAUUUAGGACCCAAUGAUCCGAUUGACGUUUUAUUCCAGUUCAGCCAUUUUAGUCCCUUGAUAUCCAUUGUCAAUUUUUAACAGUUCUCUGCUUGUUGAAGGAAACUUCUUAGAGGAACAGUUUGGGCACCAUAACAACUUGAAAAUAAUUUGUUGUGGUGCCAGAAGAUCCGUUGCACUGGCUGGGGAGAGCCGUCAGCUGACACUCUAGACCAAUUGGCGGCGCCCUUGCCGCUCUCCCAGGCCUGCGCUCUGAAGAUUGUGUGUGUGUAUUUAUGUACAAGGAUGUAUAAAGUGAGAUGUUUCGUGUAAUUAUGUCCUGGGCCCACAAACACUGCAUAGUUACAGUAGGGUACAAUAUAAUGUUAAUAAUAUUAAAAAAUACACCUAUAUAAAUUAAACACAGAUCAGGUAAGAAAUCUAAUCACCAAUGAUUGAUUAUAGGUUAUAUCUGUGGCUGGGUUGCAAAAAUUUGAAUAGUGAAUAAAUCCAAACGGAGUUCUUCCAAUUCAGCCAUUUUGCCCUAAAACCUGCAGUUCCUUGGGAGUUCUCUGUAUUUCCCAGCUAAGCGAAUAACCCAGAAAACUAGUGAAGCCUUUUUUACCUUCCUGAGCUAUGCAGUCCUUUCCUCAUUAUGAAUAAAUCAUGGAAUCUUGUUACAAUCUUGAUUUCUUAUUAUAUUGUAAAGUUUUGAAUUGAUAUUUACCAAAUAGCCAAAAAAAUGCCACUGCCUGCCAAUGUCACCCAGCGUCCUCUCCCCUGUAUCAUUCUGGGGCAAGGUACAGAGAAUGCUGGGUAAAACUCACCUGACCUAAUGUUUCUACAGACUAAGCCCUCUCGAACUUUGUUCAGAAUAUGGCUCUGCUGUUUGCUCAGUUUGUGACAAUCCCAUCUAAAUGAUAGUUGGAAAGCCAAACUCACUGCAGUUCUGAAGAUGGGGCUGUUUCUUGAUUAUUAGAAAUAGCUAUGUUGAGGUCCUCUAAGACAAGUAAUUGCUAUCACUAUGCUCAUCGACCUUAUCCAGCCUGGGACCGCCAUUAAAAACCAUACAUGGCAUAACUGUGGCAUGGACUUGCUAUUCCUGGAUGCCUCAAUCACGAGGCCUAUAAAGCCGGCAACACGCUGUAGGUAAGAUGUGACAACCAAUCCCGAGGUUCCUAUGCAGUGACUGACAGUUGAUGCCUGCUGGGAUCAGUGGGCUUUUGUUGCCCCCCUCAUUAGAGAUGUCAUCCAGCAUUAGUGAUUGAUUGGCCCUGGGAGCUAUCACAGUACUCUGCCUGGGGCCUGUGUAUUAAAUCGUUCACUGUUGGGGGUUAGAAAUGGUAUCAAAGUUUGAUAAUGUUCCACUCAGAGAAUGUCACUUUAUAAAAUGGCGUCUUUGAGAAACCAGCAUUGAAGCCCCCUUCGCCCCAAAUAGCAAAAGUAUAAAUGUAGAAUAUUUCUGUAGUCAGGACAAAAUACAAACCUAGAGUUCCAAUAGUAGAACACUCAAGACUUGGGACAUUUAAUAUUAAAGUUUAGUGUGUGUGUGUGUGUCUGCCUGUCUGUUUUUUAUUCUGUAGUUUGAGGUGUUUUCAAAUGGAUGUUACUGCAGCAGUUAGAUCUAUAUAAAAUAGUGGAACUUGGUUCAGUUAAUGUUCGUUUGAUAUGGAAUAGAAUGAACCCUCUGAGAACUGACCUAUAUUAAUGUAGCAAAAUUUGCUAAAGCAGUGUCCGCGGUUAGUGAAUAGACUCCCCAGUUAUAGUUUAGAUGGUAGGAUAGGUUCCAUUAAUCAUUCAAUUAAUCAAUUCAUCGCGCUCCAUCCUGGAAACCAGCACUGAACUUCCUUUCUGCUCACUUGUCAGUUUAUUUCCACUAUUUACAAAGUUAGAAUGUUUGUUGGGAAACUGUAAUGCUUAAUUAAAGUGAUAAUGGGUGCCACCAGUAUAUGAGCUUUUGUAGGAAAAGUGACUGCUGAUGAAAUGAUGAUGUAGAUACUCACAUUCCCAAUAGGUUUAACUAGAGAUGUUAAUGUAGCGGCUCUCCUGGGUAGGCUUUAAAGACAGACCGGUUGAUAAAAUAGAAAUAAUUUUAUAUAAUCUAUUUUAGUCUUUCAUUACUAGCUAUGCUUAAAACUUGCUUGCCACUACAGAUCCAUACCAAGUGCUAGAUUUGCUUCAUGUUCACAGAAUAUAAUGUCACUGUUUGGAAUAUCUGUGUGUAUACAUUCCGGGGGAGUAAUUUAUCCGUUCUGUAAUGUGCCUCACUCUGUAAACCUACCGAUUUAGCCCAUGUACCAGUCCAUUACACCCUAUUAAAGGACCACUCUAGGCACCCAGACCACUUCAGCUUAAUUAAGUGGUCUGGGUGCCAGGUCCUUCUAGGGUUAACCCAUUUUUUUUUUAUAAACAUAGCAGUUUCAGAGAAACUGCUAUGUUUCUGAAUGGGUUAAGCCUUCCCCCUAAUCCUCUAGUGGCUGUCUCAUUGACAGCCACUAGAGGCUCUUGCGUGCUUCUCACUGUAAUUUCUCACAGUGAGAGCACGCAAGCGUCCAUAGGAAAGCAUUGUAAAUGCUUUCCUAUGCGACGGGCUGAAUGCGCGCGCAGCUCUUGCCGCGCGUGCGCAUUCAGCCCAGGAGGAGGAAUGGAGGAGGAGAGAAGGAGGAGAGCUCUCCGCCCAGCGCUGGAAAAAGGUAAGUUUUUACCCCUUUCCCCCUUCCAGAGCCGGGCGGGAGGGGGACACUCUCAGGGCACUAUAGUGCCAGGAAAACGAGUAUGUUUUCCUGGCACUAUAGUGGUCCUUUAAUCUGCCAUUUACCACUCCUCAGGAGACCAGCUCUGUUCUUUUUUACCUUCCUUCAUUUCUUAAACAUGGAACAUUUAGUUGUACACAUUUUAUGUAAAUGGUUUUGUUUUUUGUCUUUUUAAUAUCUUACAAAUUUGUAACCUUUUUAGCAGCAACAUAUUUUGCAGCCCUGUUCAGUAGGUAAACAAGACAAACAGUUCUAACAAAACAUGUUUGUUAUUCGAUGAGCAGUAGGUGGAGGUUCCUGCCCAAACAAAUUUACAAUCUCAAUCUCCUUAAAGGACCACUAUAGUGCCAGGAAAACAUACUCGUUUUCCUGGCAUUAUGGUGCCUUGAGGGUGCCCCCACCCUCAGGGUCCCACUCCCGCCGGGCUGGAUGGAGAGGAAAUGGUUAAAUCUUACACUUUUUUUUUUUUUUCCAGCGCUGGGCGGGGAGCUCUCCUCCUCCUCUUCGGCUGAAUGCGCAUGCGCGGCAGGAGCUGCGCGCGCAUUCAGCUUGUCUCAUAGGAAAGCAUUCAUAAUGAUUUCCUAUGGACGCUGGCGUCUUCUCACUGUGAUUUUCACAGAGAGAAGCACACAAGCGCCUCUAGCGGCUGUCAAUGAGACAGCCACUAGAGGCUUUAGAGGCGGGAUUAACCCUAUUAUAAACAUAGCAGUUUCUCUGAAACUGCUAUGUUUAUAAAAAUAAAAAAAAAGGGUUAAUCCUAGAGGGACUUGGCACCCAGACCACUUCAUUAAGCUGAAGUGGUCCUUUAAAGCAAAAACACUGUGUGUGUGGAAUGUUUGGAGUGCAUUUUGGAGCAUCUCUCUAUCCUGAAACAGACCAGUUCAAAUGUGUAUAUUUAGUUUGAAUUUAUAGUGACAGUUAUCCUUUUAUGAUAGUGUUUACUCUUCAACUCUUGCGUAACUCAAAUGUAAUUAUCUGGCAAAGCAAAGGCUGUUUGGGUUGGUAAAGAAAGGGCUUCCUCAAUAUUUACCAGGAAUUCAAAACAAUGUUUCCCAGACACACAAACCCGUUGUAAACACACUGGUAGGACUUUGGAGUGUUUGCAGGAGUUGCACUGAAUCCCUGCUUGGAAUGUGUUUUUACAGUGCAGUUGUCAUGCUCCAGAUUUUGAAUUUAUGUCUGCACGUUGUAACCAUUGAGUGUUUUCAGGGGGAGAAUAUCAUUUAUCAGGAGAAAAAUGAAAAACAAAGGGACCCUUAAUAUGACAUGGCAUACCACGCUAUUGAGGACUAUGUCCCACAGUAAAGGGCACUCCCCAUCAAGGCACAAUUGAAUCUCUGUUUGCACACACUGACUUUAACACCUCUCUGGCUGUAUGUUUUUAUUUUGUUUUUGUUUUUUUUAUUCAGGGCUUGAGAUUUUAGGCCCAAUGUUAAUGUGCCACUGACUUGCUACUCUCUCAGCUAAAAUGCCUACUCAAAUAAUUAAUGCUCCAAAAAUUUCCUCCUUUGGUCUCACUUGAUGUGCCUAGAUCACCCAUAGUAAACCCAAUGUAUUUCUCCAUUCUUUUAUUUAUUUAUUUAUUUUAUAUUUUAUUAAAAGCACAUUUAAAAAGUUUGAAAAAGCAUUUGUAUAAUACAGGGAUAGGCAACUUUUGGCAUUUAGAGGUGUGUAUUUUUUUUUUUUUUUUUUGUGUUUUAACUCCUUCCACUUGCUAUAAAAGCUCUAAUGCACGGUUCAGUCCGAGUUUUUCCAGAUUGCACCUUAGUUGCGCUUUUUCUCCAAAAUAAUCUGACUUACAAAAUAAGCAGUUGGCGACCAUCUAAUUGUCAUUAUGAUGUCAUUGAGGAAGGCAUCCCAGCAUGGAAGGGCUCCAAUUACAGUAUGUGCUCCGAGAGGACACAUGGCAUUCUUUUCAAAAUCCUCUAUUCUCCAAAGCAAGGAGAAGGUUUAUUUAGUGAAACACAUUGUUCCAUUUUUAACGACCUUCCUCUAUAAUUAACCAUGUGUCCUUCUAUCUAAACCCCUGAAGCUUAAUUGUCCGGCAGGACGUGCUUUUUGUGACUGCUGCAGUCGCUAGUCUUCAUUGUCUGCUUAGGUGAAACUGAUAUAACUGACUCACCUUAACAGGUAACCGCUCCUACAGGUUCUAAAGCAAUGAAUAUAUAAAAAUACUUUUUAUUCAGUUUCUGGGCACCACUUGAGCUUGAGAAUUAAAUGUCGUAUGGGAACUGCCCUGGACAAAGGCCUUUCUUUCUUUCAGCCUCCAGGAAUAUUUAUUUAAGCCUUUGAUCAGAUUGUCAACAAAUUGGUACCCAGGAUAGCAAGAUGCAGCUAGCUGUGUGAGAGAUGAGACCCAUGAUAUUGUUCAUCAGUAUAGGAGGAAUGCCAGAAUGUACAUGUGUGCAGCUUUAAGAAACAAGGUAUCCAUACUUGUAUUUGCUACGAUUAGGAAGGUAGAAGUGGCAGCAUCCCCUGUAAUUGGGGGAAGUAAAUGUGUUUUUAAAGGGAAAUUGAACCACAUCUGCCUCUGACCGCUACACUCCCAAAACCAAUGUAUCAGCUAAGGCAGCAGUUCCACUCCUCUUAUCGGAGUCCGUCCUAUUAACUGCUGCUAAGCCGUGUUUAAAUCCAUGCUAGGAUAUGUUCAGCUCACAUUGAACCUAAUAAUUGGAGCAUUCUGAUAGGCUGAGCCAACUGCUGUGCUCAAAGCUCAUGGCAGAAGCUGCAAAUCUUGGGGAUUUUCUGCAAGUACAAGAACAUAAAGUGAGUUACUAAAUCAUGGUUUAGUAGUAGUAUUAUUUAUAUAGCACCAACAUAUUCCACAGCGCUUCACAAUUCUAAAAUUGGGAUGCUUGACAAGUAAUUUCCCUAUGGAAUAUAACAGACUAGGUGAAAAAGGCCUUGCUCAAAUGAGCUGACAAUCUAUGUGAUAUACCCCCCAACGAAUAAAUGCUUGCAUUCACUGGGGGUCUAUCUUAAAAUAGCAUUUGCAAGCCCUCCCCUUUUUCACCGGAGGAGUCUUUCAGUCUCUUCACAGGAAAAUAACCAAUAGGAGGGUUCUCAGUGAGCGCAGUUGCGUGAAUCUGGUUUGAGAAGACGCCGAAGGUCAGAGGACUGGGGGGGGGAUGAAGGUAGAGCCUGCCUGUCACUUCAGUUAAAUCAGGGGCACGAAUGGAAGAGGAUGCAAACCUCCCUCCUUGACAGCCGUAAUUUAAUUAUAAAAUUGACGAUUUCUCAUAGUUUUAUAUAUAAACUGUGAUUACAAUUGUCUACUUAGCUGGGUGUGGAGUGGUUUUACAUUGCAGGGUUUCAGCCAAAGUGAAUUGAUGGUAUCCCUUGACUCUGGGAUGAAGGGAUACAUUGUCCACAUAGGCCCACACUUCUCUUCUAAGUUGCUGGCAGAUUCUAACCAGGGUUCUUAUACUGUAUUUUGGUAAAGUAACCUAUGCCCUGCUGGAUGUCCGCAUCCCCCCGCUUACCAAAGCCAAGUUAUUCCACUGUUGAUGUCACUCUCCCUUGCCAGGGGAAAGGAGAACUGACUAGGGGAAGGUAUGGGGUGGCAUGGCAGUGGGCCCUGCUGCCAAGUGCCGGCAUGCUGUGUGUGUUUGUGGCAGUUGCCAAUUUUGCAGAGAACUAAUGUUGGUCAUCUGGAACUCUUGUUCAGGAAUAGCUAAUGCUACUGGAGGUGGAGUUACACAUCCGGCAGGAGACAGGUUAAUCUCUGUCUGCACAUUCAGAAUUCAGGCACCAUGACCACUUCAAAUCAAUGACUUUUAGCUCUGAUGUCUGACCUUGUCGCUGUAUUUGUGAAUUCAUUCCCUCUGAUAGUCAGCAAAAAGUAUCCUUGAACUUUGUAUCCUAACACAGCUGGAGUGUUUACCUAUAUCAGUGGUAAUUAGAUUAUUGCUGGAUAAUCACAUGCCCUUUUAUUUCCUUGUUGCCAAAUAUUUGAGUUUACCUUUACACAACUAGCAGGUACAGCAAACAAAACCGGAUGACUUGUUUAUCUGUCCCAGAUUAGUGUUUUUGUCUGCAUCUGUUGAAGAUACUUAAUGUCAGGGGGAAAAAAAAAAUCUAUUUUGAAAUUGUAUGUUCUCCUGCGCCUGUCAAUCAACCGAGGAAUGUUCAUUGUGAAAUAAACAAGACAAACCUAUUCUAGAGUAAGACAUUAUCUGCAGGUAAAACUUCAAAAUCCAAAAUGCUGCUGUCUAACAAAAGACAGGUGCAGGAAUGUGUCCGGCCGUCUGCCAUACCGUUUGAAUACACAAGCAGUGUAUGAAUUGCUGCUAUUGUUUGACGUAGCCAUAUGUUUCCUCAAUCAUUGUUACCUGCUCAAGGCUGUAAUUGUACAUGCUGAGGAGUCUGUAAUAUGUGAUGAGUCUGCAGCCGUUGCAGCUGCUGGCUUGCAGUAACACAGUCUCUCAGAGCUGAUCUUCUAUGCACAGUGUUUGUAUUGUAGCCCUCUAGAGAAAGACGCAAACUGGUACUUAUUAUAGGAGGACUGGGAUCCGGGCCUGUUUCUCAAUCCAGGCCUGCUUUAGUGUCUGCAUGGGGAAAUACAAGCCAAAGGAUUUGGUAGACUUUGAAUUGUAGUGAAUUGAGAUCAGAAUGGCAAAAAUAAUUGAUCUACAAAAAUUCUCCCAACUCCCCCGUAGUCACAGCUUGCUAUUCAGAAUUUGCUGUUAAGUGGAUUAGCAGUUUACGUUAAGGGGUUUAUUUGUCACUUUUAUCUUCAGUGGAGAUUUUAUGUCUCUGUCACUGUCUCUCUUUCACCAAGAGUUAUUAAAGUGGGAAUUGCCAGGGAAAAAAAAGUAAAUUGGAAACCUUUUUAGUUUAGUAAAUCUGGCAUAGAAUUUCAAAUUCACACUUUGUCUCUCUGUCUAACUUCUAAACAGAGCAAGCCGUGACUUCAUUUGAAUUUAUGCUGAGGUAAUCAGUUAAUAAAAUGUUAAUGUGUUGCUGUAUUGCUCAAUGUCUUGUACAUUGUCAUUAUUGGUUAGCAUUUGAGAUCCGUCAGUUUCACAACACAUCGUCUCACAACUUUGUUUGUGCUCUGGGACAUUUCCUGUAAAUUGGCCCAUAGUAGGGAUUCAUGGGAGGCCUACAGCUGCCCAAUGGAGAUCUAGUCUAGACCUGUAAAUUUCAAUUUAGUCUUUCUCCCCAGGACGCAGAUUAUUGAAAUUUUAUCAAAAUGUUCUAGAAAGUGUUUAUUUGUUCUCCAACCCAUUCACAUUUAUUAGAUUGUUCUAAAAAGUAGCUUUAGUUCGCCUAAUUGCGCCAUUGUAACAGCCAUUGUAACAAUAAAGGUGCAGAACGGUCCGCUACACUUUGAUAGAUCUCCCUCCUAGACUGCGGCAUUUACUAAACUAGAAGAAAAUGGCAAACUGUAGACCGAAUUGGUGAUUUAUUGUACUUCUUCCCUCUGCUUUGCUAUUGAGGCCGGAACCAUGCCGUUUUCUCUUUAAUUCUGGUUGGUUUCUGGUUUUGGAAAUAAACCACGCGUGAUUUUUAAACAUUUUUAUAUAGUCAUAAUUUUAGUUUUUAUGCCUGAAACUUCCCAUCCUUUUUCUCCCUUUCAUGUAGCUUCUGGAAAAGCACAAAACCAGUGAGAACGUGGUGGAGCUCCUGGAGCUGUAUGAGAUGGAGGAUGAAGCUUACAGCAAUGUGGUGGAAGCCACCACCGAACUCUACCAAUACCUGCUUCAACCUUUCCGAGAUAUGCGAGAGCUAGCAAUGCUCAGGAGGCAGCAGAUUAAGGUAUACUUUGUAUCCAUCAAUGUAACACAUUCUAGAUAUACAGGCAUGGGAAAUGAAAGUAAGCUCUCCUUGAAUUCUAUGGUUUGCAUCAUAUCAGGACCUAAUAACAAUCAUCUGUUCCUUAUCAGGUCUUAGUAUUGUGUAAAUACAACAACACAUGACAUAUUACAGAGUCAUGAUUUAUUUAACAAAAAAAAACAAAAAUGGAGAAGCCAUGUGUGAAAAACUAAGUAUACCCUCACGGCUUCUUUGGGAAUUAAGAGGCUAAGUAGCAGACAGGAGCUGCUAAUAAAAUGCCCUUGAUUAAUUGAUCAUCAGCAAAUAUAACCCUCUCUGUAGAAGGUGAAGUUUUAAAGAGGAAAGAUCAUCAAUUGUUGCUGCCCAUGAAACUGGGAAGGGUAUAAGACCACUUCCAUGAAAUUCAAAGUCCAUGAUUUUACAGUGAGAAAGAGAUGAUUGAAAAGUGGAAAACAUUCAGUACUGUUGCCAAUCUUCCCAGGAGUUGACGUCCCAGCAAAUACAUCCCAAGGGCAGACCAUGCAAUGCUCAGAGAUAUAAAAUAAUCGUUACAUCUCAGACUUUACAGGCUUCAGUUGGCAUGUUAAAGUUUGUGACAGUGUGAUUUAAAAAAAAGUCUGAACAAGUAUGGUUUGUCUGGAAGGGUUGCCAGGAGAGAGCCUCUUCUCUCUAAAAAGAACAUGGCAGCACGGUUUAGGAUUACAAAGUUACAUCUGAACAAACCACAAGACUUCGGGAACUAUGUCUUUUGGACAGACGAGACCAAAGUAGAGAUGUUUGGCCGUAAUGCAAAGCGCCACGUUUUGCAAAAACCAGACCUCAUAUAUCGGCACAAACGCCUCAUAUUAACUGUCAAGUGGCGUACAUACGAUCCAUGGGGCCCCGGCGCAUACUCUGCACGGGCCGGGGCCGCAACACAUGGCGGCGGGCACCUUGUCGCAGGGCUGCGACCCCUGCGACCGCGGUAUGUACGCCACUGCUUGCAGAUACAUACACUUAAAGGACCACUCUAGGCCCUCAGAUCACUUCAGCUCAAUGAAGUGGUCUGGGUGCCAGGUCCCUCUAGUUUUAACCCUGCAGCUGAAUACGUAGCGGUUUCAGAGAAACUAUGUUUCACUGAGGGUUAAUCCAGACUCUAGUAGCUGUCUCACUGACAGCCGCUAGAGGCUCUUCCGCGAUUCUCACUGUGAAAAUCAGUGAGAAGACGCUGGACUUCCAUAGGAAAGCAUUAAGUAAUGGUUUCCUAUGGGCGGUUUGAAGGCGCGCGGCUCUUGCCGUGCAUGUGCUUACGGAGCUGAGAGGUGGAUUGGGGUGGAGAGAUCCCCAGCGCCAAGGGAGCCCGGUGCUGGAGAAAGGUAAGUGCUGAAAGGGUUUUAAACACUCUCACUCAGUGACAGACAUACAAUCUCACUGACACACACUAACAGACUUGCUAACAGACACACAAACUAACACGCUCAGUAACAGACACACACACAAACUAACACGCUCAGUAACACACACACACACACACUAGCAGACACACACACACACAUACAUACACACUCAUAUUUUUUUUAAAUGUAUUAUUUAAUCCCCCAGCCUCCCUACCUUUGUGAGUGCUUAGGUGAUUCCCUGGGGUCCAGUGGUGCUGCUGGGUGGCUGGUCCUGCGAGGGAGCAUUCUCCCCUGAGUGCUCUCUGCCCAGCUCCCUUGCACGCCGCUUACUGAUGCCGGAUGCCAGAAUGACGUCAUAUUCCGGCAUCAGUGCGGUGUGCGCGAGGGAGCUGGGCAGAGAGCGCUCAGUGGAGAAUGCUCCCUCGCGUGCCCGCCCGCCCACAGCAUUACCUGCUUCGGGGGAGCCCUGAGGUGGCCAGCUCCUGGGGCCCCCCAGGAGAAGAGACUGGCAUACAUACCCGGUCCCAAGGCUGCCGGGCCCCCCGGUGGGCUGGACCAGGUCGCAGCUGCGACCCCUGCAACCGCGGUAUGUACGCCAGUGGUCAAGCUUGUUGGUGGGGUAAUUUUUAUUAUUUUUUUUUUUUUUGUAUGCGGCCACAGGACCUGGGAACCUUGCAGUCAUUGAGUCGACCAUGAACUCUGUAUACUAAAGUAUUCAAGAGUCAAAUGUAAGGCCAUCUGUCCGACAGGUAAAAAACUUGGUUGAAAUUGGGUCAUGCAACAGGACAACAAUCCCAAUCACAUAAGCAAAUCUACAACAGAACUGGUGAAAAAGAAAUAAAUCAAGGCCUUCCAAUGGCCAAGGCAAAGUGCAGACCUCAACCCGAUUGAUCUGCUGUGACGGGACCUGGAGAGAGCUGAGCACAAAGAAAUACCAGCAAACUUCAAUGAACUGAAGCAACGUUCUAAAGAAGAGUGGUCCAAAAUACUUCCACAAUGAUGUGAGAGACUGAUAAAUGAUUACUUCACGUUAUUGCUGCUAAAGGUGCUUCUACAAUCUAUUGCAUCAUAAGGUGUAAUUUGUUUUUCACACAUGGCAUCUCCAUUUUGGCUUUAUUUUUGUUAUAUCAAAUAGGUUGUAUUUACCUAUUCUUAAAACCUGAUAAGAAGCUGAUGCUUGCUGUUAUGUCCUGAUAUGCAAAACCACAGAAUUCAAACGGGGUGUACUUUAACCCCUUCGCGACCUAGGACGGUUCAGGACCGUCAUCGGCAUUUUUGGCUUGCCGACCGAUGACGGUCCUGAACCGUCUCUGUUACUUACCUGAUCGCCGUUGUUCCCCCGGCGGCGAUCAGCGUGGCUCCCGGUGUGGGGAGACUACCUGCAGCCCAGACAGUCUCCCCACACUGAAUUAGGACCCCUGUGGCCAUGUGAUCGCUUAACACAGCGAUCACAUGGUCACAAUAGGUGUCCAUGUGUCUGCCUGCAGGGGGGGCUGCCUGUGCUGACAGGCAGUCUCCCUGCUAGUGUAAAAUCAAAAAAAUAAAAUAAAGUUAAUGUUAAUAAAAAUAAAAAACAUUAUAUAUGUGUAUACAUAUAUGAUAUAUAGACAUAUAUUAUAUCAAUAUUAUAUAUGUGUGUGUGUGUGUGUGUGUGUGUGUGUGUGUGUGUAUAUAUAUAUAUAUAUAUAUAGUGUAUAUAUAUAUAUUAUUAUAAAAUAUAAAUAAGUAAUUUAAAUUAAAUAAAAAAAUUUUAAAAUAAUAAUAAAAAUUUAAAAAAAGUAUAAUCUAUAUGAAAUUUUAUUCUAACUGUAUUUUAAAAUUUAUAUAUAUAUUUAUAUCAAAAUACACUUAGAAUGAAUUUGUAUAUAUAUCUAUGUAUAUAAAAAUAAAUAAAAAUAAUAAAUAUACAUAUGUCCAUAUACAAAAUUACAUAAAUAAUUAUAUAAAUAUACACGUAGACUUCAAAUAUAUAAAUAUGCAUAUAUAUUUAAAUUCUACGUGCGCAUUUAUGUAAUAUUUUUACAUAAUUCAGUAAUUUUAUUGAUUGCAAUUUGAGGGACCUGCCUGCCGACCCAGGCCGAAAUUCCAGAGAAUUGAAUUUGCUAGCACUGUAUUUUACCCUGUAACGUUCUACGACACCCUAAAACCUGUACAUGGGGGGUACUGUUUUACUCGGGAGACUUCGCUGAACACAAAUAUUAGUGAUUCAAAACAGUAAAACAUAUCACAGCGAUGAUAUUGUCAGUGAAAGUUACUUUUUUUUGCAUUUUUCCCACACAAACAGCACUUUUACUGAUGAUAUAAUUGUUGUGAUACGUUUUCCAGUUUUUAAACACUAAUAUUUGUGUUCAGCGAAGUCUCCGGAGUAAAACAGUACCCCCCAUGUACAGGUUUUAUAGCAUUUUUGAAAGUUACAAGGUCAAAUAUAUGGGUCAAAUAUUUUUACAUUGAAAAUGGCCAGGUUGGUUACGUUGCCUUUGAGAGAGUAUGGUAGCCCAGGAAUGAGAAUUACCCCCAUGAUGGCAUACCAUUUGCAAAAGAGGACAACCCAAGGUAUUGCAAAUGGGGUAUGUCCAGUCUUUUUUAGUAACCACUUGGUCACAAACACUGGCCAAAAUUAGCGUUCAAUUUAGUUUUUUUACUUUUUUCACACACAAACAAAUAUGAAUACUUACUUUGGCCAGUGUUUUCGACUAAGUGGCUACUAAAAAAGACUGGACAUACCCCAUAUUGAAUACACUGGGUUGUCUACUUUAAAAAAAAUAUGUACAUGUGGGGUGUUAUUCAGAGAUUUAUGACAGAUAAUAGUGUUACAAUGUCACUAUUGAUAAAUUUUUAAAAUGUAUGUUUUGAAACCGCAAUAUCCUACUUGUACCUAUAGCCCUAUAACAUGCAAAAAAAAGCAAAAAAGCACGUAAACACGGGGUAUUUUUAAACUCAGGACAAAAUUUUGAAUCUAUUUAGCAGUUUUUUUAAUUCACUUUUGUAGAUGAGUAAAAGAUUUUUCAAGUAAAAGUCAAAAAACAUGUAUUUUUUUCAAUUUUUCAUCAUAUUUUUUUAUUUUUUUUAAAUUAAAAUACAUGAGAUUAUAUAAAUAAUGGUAUGUAAAGAAAGCCCCUUUUGUCCUGAAAAAAACAAUAUAUAAUUUGUAUGGGAACAGUAAAUUAGAGAGCGGAAAAUUCCAGCCAAACACAAACACCACAAAAGUGUAAAAAUAUGCCUGGUCGCAAAUGUACAACAUCGCAAAAACAGUCCAGUCCUUAAGGGGUUAAAAAAAAAUGUAUUUUCUCCAUGACUGGAAUUUACACUAUUGAAAUUGCCUGUAAUUUAUGUGAGCCUUUUUUCUUUUUUUUUUUUUUUAAAUGUUAUAUUAAAGAUUUAGUAAAUGACCUAAUAAUCCAGUUCAGGCAAGGUCAAGGCAAACAUUGCAAUUUGGAGAAAUCGAAACAUUGUUAAUGUUUUGUAUGCUGACUGCAAGUGCGAAGGGCAUAGCUUAUAAUAACAAUAAAAAGAUGGAGGCACUAACUCAGGAAAUCGGUGUGUGGUUUAAAGGGACUCCAGGCUCCCAGACCACUUCUGCCUAUUGGUGAGAUCUGGCUGCCAACUUCCACUACCCUUAACCCUGCAAGUGUAAUUAUUGCAAUAUUUACCUUGCAGGGUUAAGGCUUCUUCUAGUGGCCGUUUAUCAAACAGCCACUAGAGGGACUUCCAUGUUCUUAGAACACGAAAAAUGUGUUCUGACGCUGGACGUCUUCACGCUAUGUGAGGACCUUCAGCGUUGGCGAAAUCCCCAUAGGAAAGCAUUGAAUAAUGCUUUCCUAUGGGGAGGUCUAAUGCGCGUGCGCGGCCAUUGCUGCGCAUGAGCAUUAGGUCUCCCCCGCUGACAGCGGGGAGAAGAGUAGGCGGAACCUGACCAGCGCCAAGGGACAUCCCCCCCUCUCCCCCCCAAUCAGCAACUUGGGAUGGGGGGUGGGAGGGAGAGGGACACUGCAGGGCCAGGAAAACGGAUAUAUAUCCCUCUAAAUAAAUUUGGGAUGUGACUUUUAGAGUCCGUGCACAUUUAGAUAAAAGCCAAAAAGCCUAAUCACACCACAGAGUCUGCUUGCUCAGUUUGUAAAAUUUGUGUACUACCAUUUCUUUUAGAUAAGCAGAGCCAUCUUUAACGCGGGGCAACUACCCCGGGACCUUUCACCCUAGGGGGGCCCAAAGCCCCUGCCCCUUCAUCCUGUCAGCCGCCUUGGUGCAUGCGGCCCGUGUGGAACUACCACCGUGGGUCACACAAUGAGGGGGCCCAUUGGGUGGCCUAUGAUCUAAUGGCCACCUGCUGGCAAUGUAUUUCGGGGGCCCGGUCAGCCAUGUUGGGUGGCUGGGCCCCCUGUGAUGAUGUCACAAUGCUGGGAGGAGGUCACUGCCUCCCACCAUUCACUGAGCGCCGUGCGUAACUAGAAGUAGAGGAGUGAGUCAGAGCUCACUCAUCAUCCUGAGGCAGCCACUGGACCCCACCUAAAAAGGUUGGACACAGGAGGGUGACUAAAAAAGUACAGUUUGUAUGUGUGUCUGUGUCUAUUUGUGUAUGUUUGUACGUGUGUUUGUAUGUGUAUCUAAAUGCGUAUCUGCAUGUGGGUCCAUGUAUGUGUCUGUGUGUUUGUCAGUGUAUUUGUCUGUUUAUCUGUAUGUGUGCUAGUGUCUGUUUAUCUGCAUGUUUGUCAGUGAGUGAAAUGUGUUUCUCUAUGUAUGUCAGUGUCUGCAUCUGUGUGUGUAUUUUGUCUCAGUAAAAAUUAGUGCGGCUAAGUGUGUGUGGUUUUUUUUUUUUUUGGGGGUGGAGUGCGUGAUUGCAUGAUUGGACCAGGGGUCCAAUAAGUAUUAUAGACUGUUGAUAAUCAGAUUAAGAUGUUACUUGUAAAUAUUUCACGUUUUUAAUUUCUUGUAAGUAAUUAAUGCGCUAAACCUUUUUUUUUUUUUUCUUCUUGAGUGGAAACCAACAUAAUCCUUAAUAAUCAAAACUGGCUGGGGUUUUUAAGGUACACAGUUCCUCAGGUUAGAGAGGUUGGUGUGAGAGUUACUGUGUAUGCCCCAACAGGCUAGCUACGUAACCACGCAAGGUUUCUAAUCAGCUGGCUGUUGGAUUUUGUAUUACUUGAAACUGUGUACUUCAAUCUUAUCUAAUUGUAUAGAAGUUUUGUGAACAAUACAAACAAGCUACAAAACAUAAAGCUCAAAUAAACUUGUUUAUAGGAGAACCUUUAAGACACUUUAUGCUUUCAGAUGAUUUAUGUAUAGCCCCAGGUAUCAAAUAACUGAAAUAUCCAGUAACAAGAGAUUUAAGUUACAGAUUUUUUGUUUUCAGAAUUAAUAGGUAGGCAGAGGAAAUCGGCAAAGGCAUUCUGUAAGCCAGCCAUCUUCUUAAACAAGAAAACAUUUCCAAGGUGUGUAACUGAGUCAAUGAGCCAUAACUCCAAGCACAAUGAGCCGUGGUUUAUCUGAGCAUCUUGUGGAGAUGUGAUCUCUCCAUGUACUAGGAGAUAAUCUGCAGAUAAGGAGUUGUAUGUUGGCUACAUAGCUCUGCAGCUAGCUGCUUAACUGUAUCCGUGAAAUGAGAACAACCAGCGCAGACCUAGAUAAACACAUCCAACAAGCCAACGUUAUAGUUCUAAAGAAUCUCAUUAGACUCGGCAGAACACGACAAAUACAGCCUGACUCAGCGCAGAUAAAUAAUAUAAUAAAUAAUCAUGGUGGUGUUGUUAUAUAGCGCCAGCAAACUCUGCAAUGCUUUCCAAUCGUAGAAUGGGGAUAAUUGAUAAGUAGAUGAGUUGCAAACUAUUUACAGAAACCAGAGGUGAAGAAGGACCUGCUCCAAAGAGCUUGCCGUCUAUUACUUACUGUUUUAUUCCAAUUAAUUUAGUAAAAUACACUUUUCCCACAAAUUUUAUAGUCCAACUUCUCCAGAAACAAUAUACCUAACCUUACUACACCCCCCUCCCAGUUAUUCCCUAUGUAUGUCAUUGGUGCCCUUCAGAUAUUUGGAUAUUGCAUCUCACAAAUCACUUUGUUUAUGUAGCCCUAGCCACACCUCCCUGCACCUCCCUCACAGCUUUCCUUAACACUUCCUGUAAAGUGAGAUCUAAUGUUUAUGCUUCCUUUAUUGCACAAUCUGUUUCAUCUAGAAUUUCUCUUGUCCUGCUCUGUGAGAUUUUAAAGUUCAAUUUACAGAGCGGGAUAUAAAAACCUUCUAAAGCAAUUUAACCUAUUUUUUUUUUGUUUUUGUUUUUUUUCACCUCUCUUUCAUGUAGGCUGUGUCAGUCACAGCCAGGGCAGAUGUGACUAGGGCUGCAUAAUAAGAAACAAAAGUGAUUUACCUCCUACAUGGCAGUGAAUUGAGCAGUGACUGCAGAGACUUAGUACACCAAAACUGCUUCGUUAAAGGGAUACUAUAGUCCUAUGAGCACAAUCCUGUAUUCCUCUGCCCUCACCCCCCAAUAAAGGGUUAAAUACCCUCUAUUCACUUGCUUGAUUCCAGCGCCAUUCUCCCUCAGCAUCUCAAUGAAAUUGAACAAAAUGGAUUGAAUGAUAUGCAAUUUCUUUUUUUUUGUUGCUUUUUAAAGCUGCUCUGUCGCCUUCUGGGAUAAUUUGCAACACCCUCAAUGGUGAUUGCGCCACUAGCAGUGUUAUACUUACCUGAACCUGUCCCUGGCGACCAUCGCCAUUUUGUUCUUUGCCAGUUCUCUUCAGCUCCUGGUAUUCUAUCUGCCAAGAGCCCGUUGUUGGCGUUGUACUCUCAUGCAUAUGCGAGAGUGCUAUACUGAGGCCUAUAAAAGAUCAUGUGAGACAGCAGGAUCCUCCAUAGUUAUGGCUGUGGGUUUGACAAAAGCCAGCUCUGCCUUUUUGUCAAGUGCAAGGUAAAUACGAAGACGAAGCAGUUCCUACCUGUACACCAAGAAGAACCUCGUAUCCCAUGAACCACUGCCCAGCACAUAUUUAUGGCAUAUGUUGUUUAUCACUUGAAUGGAACUGCUCUCUAAAUCACAUAACCUGAUUCACUAUUGUUUACGCUGUGGUUCACAUGUGUACCAUUUGUGGCUUUACUCUCUGUUUAGAAGGAAAAAUCAGAGACCAGCUUUUGUGCAUGGCACCUUGUAUGCACAACUCAGACAGAAUUGAUAUAAGAAAAAUUUCCUUCCGGACUAGCUGAUUGACAGGCGGUGGAGUUACACUCUGAAUGCAUGUCAAGAUGAAACGUUGCAUUGACAGUCCUUUGGCAGACAGAAGUUGUUAUCGUUCAUAGCGUAUCCAUUCAAUAUGUAAUCAGUUUUAUUUUUUCCUCUAAUAUUUGCAUGUUUUUGGUUUACGACACUCACUGUUUCCACAUUCUACUCUUGCUAGGCAAAAGCGUUUUAUCUUCAAAGAAAAUACUUCCACCCUACUUCAAUUAAAACCUUGUAUUUGGUUGUAUACCUUCUGGGUAUUGCCUAUAAUCAUGUAGAUAUUUGGUCAUCUCCUACUAGUACCUUUACUCUGCAUACGCUCACUGCUUGGGAUUGAUCAAAGGCUAUAUAUAUGGCAAUUACUUAACUUGUAUAUACCAAAUGUUCAUUCUGCCCCACCACUCCUCCACCCCCAUUUCCUUGAAAUAACUGUGUAUCUUUUUCUACUUAAUGUAGACUCUGGCUUUCUCACACAUUACCAAAACUUUUUAUAAACACACAUCUUAGUGUCUUAUAAAGUUAUUUUUUCAAUAUUCUCGUUUCACCUUUAUUGGAUUAAUUUAUAUACAAACAUGUAUGCAGCUGUAUACUUGCAUACCCUGCUAUGCUGUUUUCUUGUUUAAAAAACAACUUUUUAACUAGCUUAUUGACUCUUCUCUGUUUAUUUACUAUUUCUGGCUAUUCUCAGCCAUCCUGCAUCUUUCACUUUUAGGCACAUCUUCUGCUAUUUAUGACACCCCACUCACCCCCUCCUUCCUCUUUCUCUAACAUCAGUUGUUUUAAGUGUUAAACUCUAUCAGAUUGAUUUGUGUUGCUUUAGACCUGAGGAAGAGAGGAAAACUCUAGAAAGCUUGUCUUAAAAUAUUAUGUUGGUCCAAUAAAAAAGGUAUCAUUGCUUACUGCAAUACUCUGGUAUUUUGGAUAUAUAUAUAUUAUACAAAAAAAAAAAGGAAAAAAACAUUCUCCAGGGACUUAAUAUUACAACAUAUAAAACUUAGCUUUUAUUUACAUGAUCCAAUAAAAUAGUGACGUUUCAGCAACUGAGAGCUUUCAUCAGGACUAUAUAUUUAUUUUUAUCUAUAAUGUAUGUUGAAGAGAAGUAGUCCCAGAACAUAACAUUGAGGGACACCACCUACCACCUUUGUCCAGCUUGAACAGUUACCAUUAAUAAUAAUGCUCUGUACUCUAUCUUUGAGCUUAUGUUCUACCGAAGAACAAAAAUUUUCAUCUAGACAAAUGUCUUAUAGUUUAGUUGGGUAGGAGGAGGGAAAGUAGAGGGGAGAGGCCUGACAUUACAUGGAAGGAGUGAGGAGAAGAGGCCAGUCAUUACAUGGACGGAGUGAGAAGAAGAGAGGCCAGUCAUUACAUGGAAGGAGUGAGGAGAAGAGAGGCCAGUCAUUACGUGGACGGAGUGAGAAGAGAGGCCAGUAAUUACAUGGAAGGAGGGAGGAGAAGAGAGGCCAGUCAUUACAUGGAAGGAGUGAGAAGAAGAUAGGCCAGUCAUUACAUGGAAGGAGGGAGGAACAGAGAGGUCAGUCAUUACAUGGAAGGAGUGAGGAGAAGAGAGGUUAGUCAUUACAUGUAAGGAGUGAGAAGAAGAUAGGCCAGUCAUUACAUGGAAGGAGGGAGGAACAGAGAUGCCAGUCAUUACAUGGAAGGAGGGAGGAGAAGAGAGGCCAGUCAUUACAUGGAAGGAGUGAGAAGAAGAUAGGCCAGUCAUUACAUGGAAGGAGGGAGGAACAGAGAGGUCAGUCAUUACAUGGAAGGAGUGAGGAGAAGAGAGGUUAGUCAUUACAUGUAAGGAGUGAGAAGAAGAUAUGCCAGUCAUUACAUGGAAGGAGGGAGGAACAGAGAGGCCAGUCAUUACAUGGAAGGAGGGAGGAACAGAGAGGCCAGUCAUUACAUGGAAGGAGGGAGGAGAAGAGAGGCCAGUCAUUACAUGCAAGGAGGGAGGAGAAGAGAGGCCAGUCAUUACAUGGAAGGAGGGAGGAGAAGAGAGGCCAGUCAUUACAUGGAAGGAGGGAGGAGAAGAGAGGCCAGUCAUUACAUGGAAGGAGGGAGGAGAAGAUAGGCCAGUCAUUACAUGGAAGGAGGGAGGAGAAGAGAAGCCAGUCAUUACAUGGAAGGAGAGAGGAGAAGAGAGGUCAGUCAUUACAUGGAAGGAGUAAGAGGAGAAGAGAGGUCAGUCAUUACAUGGAAGGAGUAAGAGGAGAAGAGAGGUCAGUCAUUACAUGGUAGGAGUGAGGAGAAGAUAAGUCAGUCAUUACAUGGAAGGAGAGAGGAGAAGAGGUCAGUCAGUAAGGAGAAAGACUGGGGGUGAGUCCCUGGCUGUCUUACUCAUAUGUGCUGGAAGUGAAACUAGCCCCAGCACAAAAGAACAGAUCUCUGUAUGUGCAGAAUUUCAAGCAGAGAUGCUUCCCAUACAGAUUCCUUGCUCAAUGACCACUUCUAACAGCAGUAGUAGUCCCGGUGAGUGGAGUAACACUCUAAGACGAAGUAGAAGUGACAGGGUUGCUUUAAAUUACUGUGGAACGAUCGCACAGGUUUGGUUUUGGUUCAGAAGUUAAACAAUUGUCUUGAUUUUUGGAACUCACAAUAUAAGGUAUUUGUGUCGUCGGUGAUUUGCAUAUUAGAUGGAUUGCUUGAUGUACAUUAGCGUGGAUCAGAGUUACACUGGUCAGCAUAAAACGCAGGGCUGUACAAAGAGCCCACAGAAGGAAAAAGCUAGCCGUACAUUUCUCGUUAUAUAUAAGGGGAUUGUUUUACAUGUAAAAUGUAAUGCACUAGAACACCCUAUUUUUAUUCUGUACUUGCCUAGGCAGUUUGCUUUGUUAAGCUUGAAUUCUAAUCACACUCAAUCUUUGCAGCUGUAACCCCAUUUGUAAACCCACGUGUUUUAAAGUCAGUAUAAAAGCACAUGAUAGGCACACAAAGUAGUUUAUUCAAAACCAGAGAUGUUCGUUAUUCUAUGCAAAUCUGGUUAUAGAUCUCAUACAUUUGCAAAUGAGACUUUUUUUCUCUCUUUUCUUUCUUAUAUACAAAUAUGGCAUCUAAUGUACAUUGUGUAGACUCCUUUUUACAGUAAGGACUAUGUCUGUAACCUUGUGACAUCUUAACGAAGAACCAGCGGGAGGUCUAUCCUGUCACUUUGUGCACCUUUGCACGUUGCACCACUAAAUAUUUGAAUAACACGGAUUGUGAUUUCCAGGUGCUAUGCCUUCCUGUGCCAGAUGCUUGUAAACAAUAGCUCGUGGUCAACCCUUAGCAUCCGAAAAACCAAUUGGAAUCCUGUUUAAAGGGCAACUGUGACCAUAAAAUAACAUGUUCAUCAUUGUAAAUACAAAAUGCAGAUAAUUGCCUUUACCCCUUAAGGACGAAGACAAUUGUACAAGUUCUGACCAAAACAAAACCUGGAAUUUGAGCUGCAUGUCCGUUCAGCCAUAAUUGACCUCUUUCCUAUUAAGUGCACCCACAGUUGUUAUAUAUUAUUUUGAACCCCAGUUUUUAUGAGGGUUUUGGAAAGUUACAGGGUCAAAUAUAUGGUUUGCAAAUUAAAAUCUCUGCACUUUCUACUGGGGUUGUCAGGCAGGUCCCCCAAUAUAUAACUAAGAUUACUGGGUCAGUGUUGCACAGUGUGUAGCACUGACAUUCAGUGUCUCAGCGCUCUGCAUAGAGAUGCUGAACUUUCCCCCAUAGAGAUGCAUUGAUUCAAUGCAUCUCUAUGAGGUGAUUCUGAUUAGCUAGGGCUGAGGAGAUACUGAUUGACCCCGGACGAUCUUACAAAUUGGCGAUUUUAGCCAAUCGAAUGCUUUCCUAUGGGAAAGCAUUGGGAUAGGCUGAGAUGAUCAGCUCUGAUGGUGUCAGCCAAGGAGGCGGAUCGGGGCACCACAAACGUAUUUAUUCCUUCCAUAGGGAUGUAUGUGUACCUAAGGGAUUGCAGCAGUUAAAUUAAUUUACAUGUCAUGUUCUUUUUGUUUAGAAAAUCUAUUACAAAUUUUAAAGCUGUUUUAAUCGUCUUUGACUUUUUGUUUUUACUUACUUUUAAUUCUUAAAGUAUACAGCUCCCUUAAAAAUGUGGGUUGUCUCUGGGCAGUAUGAUAUGGACCUUAGAACAUUUUUAUAAUUUUAGUUUCUACCUGCCCAGUAGAAUUUUAUUAGUUAUAUUGCAUAAUUAUAUCAAUUAUAUUACUUAGUUACAUAAGCCAUCAAAAGAUCAGCUUUUCUCACAUCUCUUUUUGCUGUUGAUCCAAAAGAGAGAAAGGAAAAAAAAACAGUUUGAAGCACUUUCCAAUUUUGCAACAAACUAGGAAAAAAAUCCUUCCUGUUCCCAAAAUGGCAGUUAGAUUUAUCCUUGGAUCAAGAAGUUAUUACCCCAGAAAUUAAAAUUUAUAUCCCUGAAUGUUGUUUUUGCAAGUAUUCAUCAAGUUGCUGUUUUAAAAUCUGUACAGACUCUGAUAAAACCACUUAUUCAGGCACAGCAUUCCCCAUCCUUAUAGUUCUUAAUUAAAAAAAAAAAAAAAAAAAAAAGUCCUUUCCUUUGCCUUAGACUAAAUCUCUUUUAUUCCAGUCUAAAUGCAUGACCUUAUGUCCUAGUCCUGUUUAUGAAUUUCUAGAUAAUGGUUUGUGGUAUAUACAUCUAUAUUUUAUAUUUGUAUACAUGACAAUACCUUACUGGCCUCAGCAACUGCUAAUUGAAAUGGCACAUUGUUGCUUAGUUUGUUGUCUAUUACCAAUUUUCAAAUCCUUCUCGUGUGUUAUCCCGAAUUCACUGCUGUUUAUGAUGUAAGUUACUUGCACCUUGGUGUAAUGAAUGCGCAUUACUAUGCAUGGUACUACAUCAAAUCUCAUCCAAUCUAUUUAAAGUGCUUAGAGCAAAUGAAGAGAGUCAGUAUUGCAUGUUUCUGGGUCUGUGGAGUGAGGCCUAAGGAUCAGAGAUGGAGAUGAGACACAGUUAUAUGAAGGUAUUUACAGCUUGGAGGGGCAAAGGAAGGGGACAGAGAGGGGAUGUGUAGAACAGACAUAUGGUGUACACAACGAAAAAGUUUACCAAACAAAUUCUGUCACCCCAAAUAUUAAUAACUAAAUAACAUGAAGUUAGUGGCAAACUACAGGUAAAAUGGUGACAUUGUUAUGGUAACAAAUAAUAUUACAGUGACAAAGGUAGAAUAGAUGAGAUGCAGUAUCUUCAAAGCUUCAGUCAAUACCUAAAGGUUGCCGGGAGAUUAAAACAAAGAGUCAGUAUUGCAUGUUUCUGGGUUUGUGGAUUGAGGCCUAAGGGAUUUUUUAUUUAAAUCCCUCUGCAGCAAUGUAAUAUCCUGCUCACAUUGUAUUACUUUACAGAGUUUUGUGUCAUCUGCAAAUACUGAUACAUGACUUUCAAUGUCUAUUUCAAGCACACUUAUAAAUAUAUUGAUUAGAAGUGGUCCCAGAACAAAAUCCUGAGCGACAUCAAUUGCCACUUUAGUCAGCGUUACCAUUAAAGGAACACUAUAGUCUCCAGAACUGCAGCUUAAUGUAGUUGUUCUGGUGUCUACUGCCUGUCACUGCAGGCUUUUUAAUGUAGGCACUAGAGGGACACCUUUAGUGGCAAUCACUCAGACCGCUACUAGAGGUGCUUCAUUGGUUAGUGCUGUGCAGCACUGACGUUCAGCAUCUCCAAUCUCUGCAUGGAGACACUGAAUGCUCUUCAUAGAGAUGCACAGAGUCAAUGCAGCUCUGUGAGGAGAUGCAGAUUGGUACAGCGCGGCAUUAGCCUCACAAUGCUUUCCCAUAUAAUGCUUUCCUGUGGGAAGGCAUUGGAUUGGCUGCGAUUGUCAAUUCUGAUGAUCUCAGCCAAGGGGGCAGAGCCAGCAUCAGCAGACCCGCACAGCGCUGGAAUAAGGGUAAGUUUUAACCCUUUUUAAGAGGAGUAUGGAGGGGCAGGCCAACUAACGGGUUUUCACACUAUAGGAUCAGGAAGACUCAUUUGUAUUCCUGACCCUAUAGUGUUCGUUUAGUGAUAACAUAACUCUCUUCCUCUAGAACAGGGGUAGGCAAUCUUCGGCACCCCAGUUUUGAUGCUUUGCCAGUAUUAUGGCUGUAACAGCAUUAUGGGAGAUGUAGUCCACAAUAUCUGGAGUGCCGAAGGUUGCCUACCCCUGCUCUAGACCAAUUUCUUUUAGUUUGAACACUAGUAUUGUGAGGAACCGUAUCGAACGCCUUGGCAAACUUCAAGUAGAUCACAUCCACUGCACACCGUGAUCUGUACUUGUACUUACUUCUUCAUUGAAUGCUAUUAAGUUAGUUUGACAUGGCCUAUGUUUCUAUAGUAGUACAUUUAAAUUAACUACUGUCUCAUCCCACCACCUCUUAUGGAUAUGUCUGGAAUUCUGGGAACAGACUGUGUAAACCCUUUGCUGACAAAUCCCCAAACUUCAUAUUGUGUAGUCUUAAAACACACACUGGCGCAGUUGUCAGUCAAUACUGUCAUAUCCAUUUAUCUGCAGGAGUCUGUUUAAACCCACGAUCGUGCUGCGUUCAUUAGCAUGGUGUAAUUUUAAAGAAUAUACUAUAGAGAAAAUGGUACAUCUGCAACUUUGUAACGGUCACAGUUUAACCUAGUGAGGUUUAUUACUUAAAAGGUUUUCAUUUGUUUUAUUUACUUUUGGAAAAUUAAAAAUCGCAUAGCCAUAUUUUGACUUUUUGUCUCUAUUUUCAGAUCUCCAUAGAAAACGACUACUUGGGUCCCAGACGCAUCGAGAGCCUUAGAAAGGAAGAUGCUGAUUGGCAGAGAAAAGCUCACAUGGCUGUGCUCUCUAUUCAAGAUCUAACCGUUAAAUACUUUGAAAUAACUGCUAAGGCACAAAAAGGUCAUUUUCAUGUUGCCUAUGUGUACAUACCAUUGGUGCUCAUUCUUUAUUUUAUUAGAAACUGGGUAUAAUAUGAAUGAAAAGAUCUCUCUGUCCUCCCUCUCUCAGCAUAUACUGUAACUAAACCUCCAUUAUUAUUUGCCUAGGUGAGGUGUUUUUGAAUAAAACUGCUACAUUCUGUGAGACUUGAAAUUGCUUUUUAGUAAAUGAGUGUGACUGUGUGUGUGUGUGUGUGUGUGUGUGUGUGUGUGUGUGUGUGUGUGUAUAUAUAUAUAUAGUGUGUAUAAUGGAUGCUGUAUAUAUAUAUAUAUAUAUAUAUAUAUAUAUAUAUAUAUAUAUAUAUAUAUAUAUAUAUAUAUAUAUUACAAUGUUAAACAAAAAUCUGCACACCAGUCAAGCCAUAAGACUUGCUUUUCCCACAGACAUCACAAAUUUGUAGUGAUGUUACUACCGCAAAGGAUUCUGGGUGGACAUAUGCAAAUUAGCUUAACAAAGAAUCACAUUUUUGCCUCAUUCCAUUUUAAACAUGGAUUCCUUUUACAUUUUUAAAGGACCAUUUCUCUACACAAGAAUCAUUGUAAUAAACUGUAGGGAUUAUGGUACUUUGGACUGCCCACACCACAAAUGUUAAAUGGAUUUCAUUAGUGAGGUCUUUUGUUUAAUAUGUCUUCCCCAGUGUUUUUAUAUUUAUGUUUUUUUUUAUUUGCAUACUUUGCAGCUGUCUUUGAUCGGAUGCGAACAGACCAGAAGAAAUUUGGAAAGGGCAUCUGGGCGUCUGCUGUGGAGCGCAUGGAGAAGCUUCAGUAUGGCGUCUCUAAAGAAACGCUGCAGCUAAUGCGAGCAAAAGAAAUCUGUUUAGAGCAAAAGAAACACGCACUGAAGGAAGAGGUAAACAAGCAGAUAUUUUACUAUUUAAUAUGUGAUGGUCCUUAUAUGUGCUAGAUCUAGAGAUUGUCAUACAUUUCCAAACUGCACCCGAUUGCUAGAAGCAGUCUCUUAAGUCUUGGCGUUUUUGCUGUGAAAUAUACAUGUGCUUUAUGAAUAAAAGAUCAGAAUAGUCAGGUGUGUACCAGAACCGAGUUACUGGCAACCAAGCUACAAAGAGCUGUCACUAUGUCAGCAAGCAGAAAAUAUCGUGGAAGAAAAAGCACUUUGUUGGCUUCCUCAAACAUUGCUGACAUAGAUUGGGGUGAUGAGGUGAUAAAAUACUCCAAAAUGGUACAAGAAAAUACCCAGAUCCUUUUUUUCCUUCUGUAUUUGUACAUUUAUAAUAACUAUAAUACUAGCUAGUAUUUAUAUUGCGCCUUUCUCCCAGUGUCUCAGGAAUUAACCAAAUCAGCAGCUGAAUAGUAAUAGAUGCUGUUGUUACCCAAUUAAUGUUACUCAUUUUAUCAACCUAGGAAGGAUGAAGGGCUGAGUUGAUCCUGCCUGGAUUUGAACCUGUGACCUUGCAUUUUUGAACAGGCUUUGUAGUCAGGGAAUUUACCAACUUAUCUACCACACCAGUAUGAAAUGUACUGAUUACUGCUCAGAGGGAAUAGCAGCUCGAGUGUUUAAACAUCGUACAAUACUGCAGUUCUUUGCAUUCUAUCACUAAUAUGAAAAUGUACUACCACCCAGGGCGGGAGUCCCUCCUAGUUUUGUUGUUUUCGUUAUAUUGUCAUUGUUGCCUGCUUUAGACCCAUAAUGGAAGGGGAAAACACUGUUUCUCCAUCUAGCAUGUCACUCAACAUAUUCUUAAUGCAAAGGGACUAUUUUAAUGAUAGCUAUUGUGAAUCCUGCGUGUGAGUUUGGCCCCCAUCAUCACAAAAAGCCAUUAUCUGUUACAUUUUACUAAUUUUGAUAUUCGGCACAAUUAAAUCUUAGUAACUCACUUCAUUAAUAUCUACGCAUAUAAAAGGUAUUACAUUAUCUGUACAUAAACCAUGGAAUGUGACUAGAUUCUGUGCUCAGCUGUAAGUCUGUCUGCAGAACAACUUCAACAGAAGAUAACACAGCUCAGACAUACAAUAUGUUACAAUCUGCCCUUCAAUGUGCGCCGGGGCAUUUCUCCGCUGGCAACCAUUUCCAGGUCUGCAUAUUAUCAUGCCGGCUUCAUGCUCUUAAUGUUCCAGACAAGCACUUGUUUGUUUUACUUUUAAAGCCAGGGGAGUCUGUUUUCCCCCUCUCUCGGUCCCGUUAGAUAAACAGAUUAAAAGAACAAUGUUAACCAUAUAUGGAGAGUCUCUGUGAAACUGGCUGUGAUCUUGUCGUGGUUUUGUGCUUUCAGAUGCAGAGCUUACAGGGGGGAACGGAAGCCAUCCAAGUGUUGGACCAUCUGGAGUCUGACUACUAUGGUCACCAGCUCCAGCUGUACGAAGUGCAGUUUGAAAUCCUAAAAUGUGAGGAGCUGCUUCUAACAGCGCAGCUGGAAAGCAUCAGACGACAGAUAUCAGGUCCAGUCUGCGUGCCAUCUACACACCCACUUUAUUUAUUUUUUUAUUAUCAUUUUUAGACAAUUUGGACAAACAUAUUCUGACAUCAUACACUGAUUUCUAACGUUUGUCCACUGACAUAGAAAUGAUCAGUCUAUAAUUUUAAUGGUAGGUGUAUUUUAACAGUGAGAGACAGAAUAACAACAACAAAAAAUCCAGAAAUACACAUGUCAAAAAAGUUAUAAAUUGAUUUGCAUGUCAAUGAGUGAAAUAAGUAUUUGAUCCCCUAUCAAUCAGCAAGAUUUCUGUCUCCCAGGUGUCUUUUAUUCAGGUAACGAGCUGAAAUUAGGAGCACUCUCUUAAAGGGAGUGCUCCUAAUCUCAGUUCGUUAUCUGUAUAAAAGACACCUGUCCACAGAAGCCAUCAAUCAAUCCAAUUCCAAACUCUCCACCAUGGCCAAGACCAAAGAGCUGUCCAAGGAUGUCAGGGACAAGAUUGUAGACCUACACAAGGCUGGAAUGGGCUACAAGACCGUCUGCUAAGGGGACAGGACAACUGCACCGCAUCAAAGGGAUGAUGGAUGGGGCCAUGUACCAUCACAUCUUGGGUGAGAACCUCCUUCCCUCAACCAGAGCAUUGAAAAUGGGUCGUGGAUGGGUAUUCCAGCAUGACAAUGACCCAAAACACAGCUAAGCCAACAAAGGAGAGGCUCAAGAAGAAGCACAUUAAGGUCCUGGAGUGGCCUAGCCAAUCUUCAGACUUUAAUCCCAUAUAAAAUCUGUGGAGGAAGCUGAAGGCUCGAGUUGCCAAAUGUCCGCCUCGAAACCUUAAUGACUUGGAGAGGAUCUGCAAAGAGGAGAUGUGUACAAACCUGGUGGCCAACUACAAGAAACGUCUGACCUCUUUGAUUGCCAACAAGAGUUUUGCCACCAAGUGCUGAGUCGAAGGGGUCAAAUACUUAUUACACUCAUUGACAUGCAAAUCAAUUUAUAACUUUUUUGACAUGCGUUUUUCUGGAUUAUUUUUUUGUUGUUAUUCUGUCUCUCACUGUUAAAAAAUACACCUACCAUUAAAAUUAUAGACUGACCAUUUCUUUGUCAGUGGGCAAACGUUCAAAAUCAGCAGGGGAUCAAAUACUUUUUUUCCCUCACUGUUGCUUUCAAGUUGCUUCAUAACAGUUUGAUAGUAAUACAGCAUAAUGAAAUACGUCAUUCCAGUGUAAUCUAACAUUUAUCCAGACUUAGUUAUAUGUCAUCUAUACAGGAAUAACCAAAGAUAACCAUAGUACUAAAAUAAGCUGUACCCUAAAGGUAAAUCCGUUUUAAGAGCAUAACACUGCUUACUUCUCUGCAGUUUAGGAGUUCAAUCUCUUUAUUUUCUGUUUAUGCAGCCCUAGCCACACCUCCCCUGGCAGUGACUGACACAGCCUGCAUGAAAACAAACUGUUUCGUUAUCAAUCAGAUGUUAACUAGCUUUAGAUGUUUUCUUAUCUCCAGCACUGUAAGUUAAACUUUAAUCACACACAGCUAGAAGGUUGUUAAAGGGAGAGGAAAAAAGUAUUUAAAAAUUAUCAACAGAGCAGGAUAUAAGAAAUUCUAAAUUAAAAAGACUACAAUAAAGGAAGUGUAAACAGGUAGGAAGGCUGUGCGACAUUCAAAGAGAACAGGGAGAACGGUCCAUUUCAGCGUGGGAUACGAAGAAUUAGUAUAUAAAGUUUUAAUAGCCGUUAAAUGUAGGAAGAAGACCAAAUCUUUGUAAUGCCAGUAGACCCUAUCAAAUGCCUUCUCUGCAUCGAGAGAUCUAUAAACAAAAACAAAAAAUGACCUGUCCUGUGACCCAGUUAGAUCUCAUCAGUUUAUUUAUUUAUUUUUUUCUUUCCCUUUUUUCUCGGAAUGUGUAAGCAUUGGUGUACUGUAUCCCCCAACCAUCAAAUGUGUUUAGAAAUACAUUUACAUAAUAGAAAUACAGUUCUAUUGUUUUAAAUAUUUUAAUAAAAUGUGGUUAUGAUGCUUCACGUACACCUUUAACUUGGUUGGGUGGAAUGCCCUGCAUUCACGAACAAGCUGCAAACUCUGUAACUUUGCUGCAAGUGUCUGAAAAAGUAACAAUAUAGGAUAGCAAAUAUGCAGCUUUACAGGAGCCAAGCAUCAGCCAGCAUCCAUGUCAUUGUGUGUUCCACAAUUGCACAAUAAGAUUUGGGGACCUGUGGACUUUAAUUGUACAAAAUCCUGAAUCUCCUUUCAGUUGUAAUCAGACAAAACACUGCUGUGAAUUUAUUUUUAUUUUUAUUUUUUGCUUUAUUUGUAUCCAUUGCCUUAGAACACUAAUCAAAUAAAGCAAGAAGUACAGUUUACAUCCUGCUCUAUACACAGUUUGCAAGCUGUGCGGCAGCUCCCACUAGUGGCAGAUUGUGUUUUCUAUAUUCAUUUGUUUAUUACUUUUUGUGUGACUCAGAUCAGAUCACAGCAUGGUAAUAAUCCUGGGGCAUUACUCUUACAUAAUGAAAGCUAAUUAACAGCAUCUUGAUUCAGAAUUGUGGAGACUUAAAGUACCACUAUAGGCACCCAGACAACUUCAGCUCAAUGAAGCUGUCUGGGUGCCAGGUCCCCUAGUUUUAACCCUGCAACUAUAAACGUUUACACUGUAGGGUUAAUCCAACCUCUAGUGGACGUCUCCCUGACAGCCACUAGAGGCUGCUUCCGCGAUUCUCAAUGUGAAAAUCGCAUUGAACUCACGCAGCGUGAAUUCAGAUCUCCAUAGGAAAGCAUUGCGUAAUAGAGGGGUAGGUGGAAUAUCAGUACUUGUAAUUAUAGUAUGUGGCUGCUGAAACUUCCCAAAAACCAGAGUCUCUUCUUUUCUGGUGGUACAAUGGGUGUAAAAAGUAGGAUCAGGGAGCAGCGCCUGUGAUGGAAUUCCCACGCUCAGAGCGAUAUGGAGGAGGGAAGGAAUUAGUAUGUUAGGAUCUUAAUAAUGAUAAUAAAUGAAGGGAAAGGAAUUGCACUUACAAUUUUCAGGAGCUUAUACUCUGCUCCAGAUAUGUGCACCUGGACGAUAUAAUCCCCAUCUAUGGAUAUGUCGAUGGCCAUUGGAUGUCCUCAAAAGGGGUCUCCAGAGGUAGUAGGGUAUUUCUCCUUUCCAAUAGCAGUUGGCCAGGAUUCGAAUAGUUGGUGAUAUAAAAAAAAAAAAGAGGAUAGAAACUCAAAAUAGUUCUCUCUGGAUGAUACAGAAUAAAAUGAUAAAAGAUGGAGGUAUACUCACAAGUGAAGAGCAAAUGGAAUAUUGCUCAAUAUAUGUAGGCGUAGGUGGUAUAAUCCCCACCACGGAUGUCACUACUUGAGUAAUGCUUUCCUAUGGGCGGUUUGAAUGCGCGGGCACUGGCCCCACAUGCACUUUCGGCUCCACUCGGGAGCUGACGUCGGCAGGGAAGGAGAGGUCACCAGCGACAAGGGAGCCCAGCACUGGAUUAUGCUAAGUGGCUGUAGGAGUUUUAACCCCUUCGGCCCAGCGGGAGGGGAGGACCUAAUAACCCUUUAGUGCCAGGAAAACGGGUUUGUUUUCCUGGCACUAAGGUACUCCUAUAUAUAAUGGAUUAAAGCAUUCCGGCAAAAAAUAUGUGCUGGAAAAAUAGUUAGUGAAAUGAUUUUCCGAAAAACAAAGUGGCUUUUUGAAAGUGUUUUUCCCUUAUUAAAGAGUUACGAUAGGCAUCAAAACAACUUUAGCUUGAUGAAGCUGUUUUUGUGUAUAGAUCAUGCCACUGAAGUCUCACUGCUUACUUCUCUGCAGUUUAGGAGUUAAAUCUCUUUAUUUUCCGUUUAUGCAGCCCUAGCCACACCUCCCCUGGCAGUGACUGACACAGCCUGCAUGAAAACAAACUGUUUCAUUAUCAAUCAGAUGUUAACUCGCUUUAGACGUUUUCUUAUCUCCAGCACUGUAAGUUAAACUUUAAUCACACACAGCUAGAAGGUUGUUAAAGGGAGAGGAAAAAAGUAUUUAAAAAUUAUCAACAGAGCAGGAUAUAAGAAAUUCUAAAUUAAAAAGACUACAAUAAAGGAAGUGUAAACAGGAAGGAAGGCUGUGCGAGUCACAUGGGUGGCGGGGAGGGGAUGACCAGGGCUGAAUAAACAAAGUUAUUUGACUCUUGAAUAGCAGAGAAUUGAGAAGUGAGACUGCAGGGGCAUGAUCUAUACACCAAUACUGCUUGAUGAAGCUAAUUGUUAUUAGGUUUGGAGCCUACAGUGUCAUUUUAAGUCUGUUUGAGGAGUAGUCUGCUUUUGCAGGAAGUCAGCCCCUGGUGAUAGAAGGUUGGCAAUUUCUUUGUCUUUAAUAUCACUAAAGAAUUGGUAAGAUAGAAUUACUCUUGUACAACUAAACUAGUGAAAGGGAAAGGCCUCUUAAUGUCCGCAAAGUAUCUAACAUCCUAGGGCACAAUGAAAGAGAAUGAAUAAUAACCUUCUAUCAGGUCAUUGGGAGACAACAAUGUUCAUCUAAAAAACAGAGGGUUUUUUAAAUGUAUUUAUUUUGUACCCACCUUCUAUGGAGCUUCAUUGAGUUUUUCAGACAGACAUUGCAUGAGGAAUAUGGCAAGUCUGUGUGCUUGGGAGGUACAUUAUCUAGCACAAUGUAUGUAUGUAACCGCAACGGCAAUCCAUUGCUGCAGAGAAUGUGGCUUGGCAGGGACGCCUUUAACCCUUAAUGCUUCUGAUAUUAUUUUCAUGUGGUGGAGAGUGAGCACUGGAAAUGUAGACUAUGAACAUCUGGUUCAGGGCCACCACCUAAAGUGGCGUUAUUGGUGUUCUCACAAACCUUUUUUUUCUCUCAGAAAAAACAGAUGAAGUGGUUUAUUAUGAUACAUAUGAGAGUAUGGAGGCAAUGCUUGAGACGGAAGACAUGGCCUCCUCUAUUCAUUUACAGAGGGAAGAAUUGCGGAAACGGCAGCUGAAAGUGCGCCAGCUGGAAGCAAAGCGUGGCCGCAUUUCCGCUAAGAAAGCCUACCUCAGGAACAAAAAGGUAUGACCGUCAUCAACGCAAGGAAACUGCAACAUGGAUGUAAAAUGUAAUGAAACACUGAAAGGGUUAUUUCUCCUAUAGUUCUAUUUUAAGUUACAGACAAUGCUUUUAUGUGAGUAGUAUGGCAUUUGUUAAAUCGUUUUAUUUUUGGAUAUGAUCUGUGUCUGCAGAUUCUUUAAUAUACAGGAAUAGAAAUUAAAUAGAUUUGUCGUCAAUUCUUACCUACUGUCUACAUUGCUGAUUUACAAAUGGUCGGCUGUCAUACGAACGCAGUGAUUUCUGCUGUAAGGAAUGAGUAGGAUUGUAUGGCGGGAGUAUUCGUAUCAAGCUACUUUGCUUUUUAGUACACAUAAUAUUAGGAUUAUCAGUUCUAUAAUGGGUCUGAUUUCUAAAUCUAGAAAAAAGGAGUACUGGGGGCUCACCAACAGCAUACAUUUCUCAGAAGGGGUGCUGCUGCAACAACAAAAUACAGAUGAAGGAACAACGUGCACACACAGAAAAUACAGAUUUCUAUUUUACAAAGCUACUUCCAAUCCCUUAUCUUGGCAAACAUGGGGAUUCAGCUACAUAUGGCCUUAAUGUGCUAAGCCCACUUCUACAUCACAGUACCCCAAUUGUGGGUCCCACGCUAAUUUUAACAUGGAAGAUGAACACGCUAACUGCAAUACUUACUGCUUCCGGAGACUUUCGGCAGAAGUUGCUGUUUAGGUGUAAUUUUUAAAAAUGAUUUAUUUUAGAGAGAGAGAGUGGGUGCAUGUGCGCCCACUGUUCCUUAACCUCUUAAGGACGGAUGUAGUUGUCCAAAUUCUGAAUCUAAACAAAACCUAGAAUUUGUGCUACGUUUGUUCAACCAUAAUUUACCUCUUUCAUGUUAAAUGCACCCAUAGGACUUUCAUUUCAUUGCAAAUAUUCAUAUCAGGAACAUAAUUUAAAGGACCACUCUAGGCACCCAGACCACUUCAGCUUAAUGAAGUGGUCUGGGUGCCAGGUCCAGCUAGGGUUAACCCUUUUUAAAAUAAACAUAGCAGUUUCAGAGAAACUGCUAUGUUUAUGUUAGGGUUAAUCCAGCCUCCAAAUCCUCUAGUGGGUGUCUCAUUGACAGCCGCUAGAGGCGCUUGCGUGAUUCUCACUGUGAAAAUCACAGUGAGAACACGCAAGCGUCCAUAGGAAAGCAUUCUGAAUGCUUUCCUAUGAGACCGGCUGAAUGCGCGCGCAGCUCCUGCCUCGUGUGCGCAUUCAGCUGAAAGGGAGGAGAAGAGGGAGGAGAGGAAGAAGAGAGCUCCCCACCCGGUGCUGGAGAAAAGGUAAGUUUUAACCCUUUCCUCUCCCCAGAGCCGGGCGGGAGGGCGACCCUGAGGGUGGGGGCACUCUCAGUGCAGUAUAGUGCCAGGAAAACGAGUAUGUUUUCCUGGCACUAUAGUGGUCCUUUAAUCGAAACAAUGCGAGAAAUUAAGAAAUGUAAUUUUUCCAUUUCUGAAUGGUGUUUUUAUUUUAACACCUAAUACUGUUAGAUUGUACUGUAAUAAAGCACUCAUAUUAGUGUUCAGCAAUAUCUUACAAGUACAGGCUUUAUGGGGUCAAAUAUAGGGCUUAUCUAUUUUAGUGUUUGCACAUUUAAAUUUGGCAGAUUGGUUUGCUGGGCCUAUGUUGCAUUUGAGACCGUAUGGCAGCCCAGGAAUGAAAAUUACCCCAAUUGUGGCAUUCCUUUUGCAAAACUAGACAACCUUAGGUAUUCAAAAUAUCCAGUCCUUUUACUAGGCACAAAAGGUGCACUUUCACUGAUGAUCGUACAUUUUACUGCUCUAAAACACUCCUGUUUCAGUGAAGUCUCACAAAAGACAGGUUUUAUGGGGUUUGGAAAAUUACAGGGCAAAACACAGAACAUGACUAUUUCAGUCUUAAUCUUUGGCAAAGUGAUUUUCUGGGCAUAUGUCGCCUUUGAGACAGUAUGGCAACCUGGAUAAUAACAUUUGCACCAUUAUAACACACCAUUUUCAAAAGUAGGCAACCCAGUUUGUGUAUUUUGAGUUGAGUUAUCACAAAUGCAGGCCCCAUUUACUAGUUAUGCUUUUUUUGUGUAUUUUCUCAUACACAUGAAUGCCAUGGUCAUGGUAUGAGUUGGUGCAAUAAAGCCUCAGUGUUUUUAUUUUUUAUUUUUUCAAGGAUAUAACAGCCCCCCCUGCUGGGCUUCCAGUUUUUUUUUUAGUAAAUCACAGAGCCCAAAAUAUUUGAUGAUCUUUUUUAACUUGGAAAUUUGACAAUGACUUUUUGGGCCUAUGUCGCCAUUGAGGUAGUGUUGCAUCUCAGGAAAGAAAAUGACCCCCAUGACGGCAUAUCGUAUUUAUAAGUAGGCAUCCCAGGAUAUUUCAAAUGGGGUAUUUUGAGUUAUUUAAUGGCUUUAUAAUGGCUGAGCAUAACAUAAACAGGGACAGGCCGAGCCCUGGGGGUCCAGAAAUCAGAGUAGUAGGUAUAACAAGACACUAAGUUGGUGCAGGACAAGACAAGGUCAGGGAUCUGGUAUAAAAUAGUUACAUACAGAGCGUUCUGAAUUAAUAGUUUAACUCUGUAUAACCCAAAUAUUUUUUUUGUAUAUAUCUAUUUAUUUUGGCAUGAGGUUUUCCCAUCAUACCGGAGUACACGACACGCAGGUCUGUGUCAGUGAAGCGUAAAACCAUGGAACUCGCAAGUUCCUUAAACAUUUAGCUAACUUGUGAGACACGCAGGUCUGCGUUGUUGUGUUAGUUGCAUGUCAGAUGGUCAGUUGCAUUUACUGUUUAACAUCAAAAGAAGCCAGUGUUUCAAUAACAGUGUGUAUUACCCAAAUAUUAUUGCAAUGCUGUUGCUGGGUAUUUCUGAUUUGUGUGUACAAAAUAUUAUUACUUUUAGAUUAAAAACUAUUUGUUAUUCACCCCCUUAAAGUGUUUAUAAUAUAUUGUGUUGGUUUUCUUUCUAAGAGUUUCAUUUUUUUUCCCAACCCCUGUAGGAAAUUUGCAUUGCAAAACACGAUGAGAAAGUCCAGCAGCGUUUUCCUGGUGACGGAGCAUAUGUCCAACAUGCUGUGCAAUUAGUGAGUGUGAUAGCUAAAUCUUACAGAUUAGUGAAUGUGUUCCUGUGUAUACAUUUCUUUCUCGGUGUAAACAAAUGUAAGCUGUGUCAGAAAUACUAAAUAAUGUGAAAUACAUCAAGGAGUGUUUUAUUGUGGACUUACCUAAUUUCAGUGAAUUUCCUCCGUGGUUGCAGAGUUUAUUAACACUAGGCAUGGCUGUAAUAUCUCUUCUUUUAUAUUAAUGAUGCGUGUAUCAAAAACUCAGAAAUGACUGGAAUAUACUGAAUGCUUUUAUUUCAGAGCAAAGACCAGCAACAAGAUGAAGAUGAGCGAAAAAGCAUUUGGGUUAGUGAGGAGCGGCAAAAAACAUUGGACAGGCUGCGAACCUUUAAACAGGUAUGUGCUGUAUAUUGGAUUUGUUUGCAAAAAACAAAACGAAACACAUUCCUGGCAUCUAGACAACUUUCAUAAAUUUUAUAGGUUUUUGCCUAAUUAAUAAUGUUUUUUUGUUUUGUUUGUUUGUUUUUUAUGCGAGCCUGAUUAUGUAUAGGUUUUUACUUUAAAUAAAAAUAAAUUCAGCAUUCUACAGGUUAUGUUUUGACAACUUUUCUGGGUUCCAUUGGGCAACUGGGAGAGCAAAAAACGGGGUGCAAGAGAGUACUGAGAACAAGAGCUCAAAUAGCCUGCCCUUCAUGGGUCCCGGCUCAGAUCUCGAACUGGUUUUAGCUCAUCUUCUGCCAUUUUAAAGAGAACCUGGUCCAUAUGAGACUGAUAUCACCAAAGGGUGGUCCAGAUCUGAAGUGUAGACUGGCUCUUUAUAAAUGAGAGAUACAGCAACCCAAGAUGAUUGUUUUGGUCUUGUUAGGCUUCGUCAGUGAUAUGUAGCCAACUGCCAUUGCUUGCCAUGCUACUGGAAGCUUCUGCACUGAGAUAUGCCCAGCCACACAGGCCCACGCGCAUUUGCUGAGAGCAUUCUGGCGCGGCCUAGGUGAGUUGUCAAACCAUUCUUGUUAAAAUUCUUAAAUGGUUUGAUUACUUACUCUGGAGGGGGCACUGGGCUAUAAUAUUCUGGUGUUUGGAGUGUUUAAAGUGGAGCUGUGAUGUACAUGCAAGUUGGGCAAAAUUAACACCGUUCCAGCUUCUUGAUUGGCAUCUUUGAGUGGCAGACUUAUUGCUGUGUAGAGUUUUGUUUGUUUUUUUUGUAUGUGUUUUUCCUUUUUACAAAUCACAAUGCUAAGCCACCCUAGAACUGUAUCUGCAAUGUUGCUAGCUAACCGUGACAAUGAUAUUCCUUGUUUCUCGACUCCGGUAUCCUUUGUUUGUAACCCAGCAAAACUAGUGUGAAAACAGACAGUGUGGCAAGAGUGAUAUUUUAUACAAUAAAACAUGCCGUGAAUCUUAAUGAGGGGGGACUGGUGCUCACUGUUUCUGAAAAAAAGAGCUUUAAUUCUUUGUCAGACAAGUAACUAUUUUUUCCUCCCAUGUAUAGCGCCAUCCUGGGCAAGUGAUACUUAAAUCAACAAGACUGCGCUUGACCCACAGCAAAAGAAAAACCUCUGCGCGCAUUACGCCCUGCCUAGACGAGCCGCAGUCCUUCUCUGUUAGUAUUCAGACUCAAGUCGUAUCUGAUGUGGAAGGCCCAGAAGUUCUCCAGCCUACAGAGACCAAAAAGCUGGAGGGUUUAAUACAACUUGAAGAUAAUUCAUUACCUCCUGACCUCAUUACCUCUGAACUGCCUCAGAUGACGUCUCUGCCGUCUUUUUCCCAUGAAAAGCUUGAAAUAGAUACUGUGCAGCCCCAUUCCCUCCCUGUGAUCUCUCCUCCCCCUGCGCCACCGCUACCUCCUCCUCCACCUCUGAAAGAGGAGACUGCUCCUCUAGAUAUAAGAGUCAUUCAUGUAAAAAAAGAAACAGAUGAAUCUGCCGCCCUAAAGUCUGCAACUGUCCCGUUAUCUCAGUUAUUUGACAGCAAUCAGCUUCUGAGUGCCAGAAAAAAGCUUAAAAAAACUGGAGCGCUAGAGGACAUGCAGAAACGGCGAGGUACGGUGAUCGCUUUACUUUCUACCUAUAUAUUUUUCACACAGAUUGUUCUAAUGAUGAUUAUGAUCUGAGCCGUGUUGACAGAAAUAUGUCACUUAGCGCUGCAUGAGUUCCAACCAAGGGAUGGGUAAGGGAUGAUAUAUUUUGUUUGCUCUUUUUCAGUGAGUUCACCAAUGGAUGAAGUAUUAGCUUCCCUGAAACGUGGUACUUUUCAUCUGAAAAAGGUGGAGCAAAGAACUUUAGCCCCGUCCCCAGAUGAGGAUGACAGCAAUAACAUUUUGGCACAAAUUAGGAAAGGAGUUAAGCUGAAAAAGGUGGAGAAGGAUGCUCUCCGAGAGUCUUUUACACUCUUGCCUGAUGCUGACCCAUUGACUCGCAGUAUACAUGAAGCACUCAGGCGGAUUAAGGAAGCGUCGCCUGAGUCCGAAGAUGAAGAGGACAGUUUGCCUUGCACUGACUGGGAGAACUAGCAGGUAAUAUCACUUUAAAUAUCCCUAUUGCCUUUUAUUUUCAUUAAAAUAGGUACAUCCUCAUGGUAUUACUCUCAUUAAAAGUCCUCUAAAUUCACCCAGAUUACUUCAUCUCAGUGCGGUGGUCUGGGUGCAGUGUUCCAGUUGUUUUUAACCCUGCAAUUUGAAAACAUUUUGUAGAAGCUCUUUACAUGGCAGGGUUGACAGCCACUUUAUGCGCUACCUCUACCAGGUUUGAGUAAAACUGUGUCCUGGCAUCCUGUGCUGCUGAUAGAGUACCUAGUUACAAUCCAGGAGUUAAUCACGGAACAAGUCGGCGCCAUGCUGACGUAUUCAUAGGUGGAGCAGGUGGCUACUGCAGAGUUGAAACGCUGGAAACUGGGUGAGUAAUUGUUAGUUACCUUAAUGUUUUUAACAUUAUAAGGGGGUUGUGCAGAAAGGAACCUAUAUACCCCACCCACCCCCACAAAAGGCUUAUUUUCAGGACUACAUAUUGCAAAAAACUUAAACUAUGUAAUAGUUUGAGAUCGUAUGGUGAGUAGUGAAGAAGGUUUUAUAAGAUAUUCAGCCAUAUAAUUACUUUCAUUCACUGCCACCCGCGGUAAAGUUAACCUGCCGCCUAACACCAUAGCCACUCAGUGUCGUGUUUAUGGUGCCAUGUGUCUAUGGGCAUUGUACCCGUUUCUGAAAUGUCCCAGGUAGGUAUUUUUCAUUUUCCUGCAAUAAAUCUUUUUGUCUCCAUUUUAUUCCGAUAUACCUGAAAGACACUGGAUAAAAUAUCCCGAUAGAGAAUGUUCUGUAUGUUACUGUGCAGUAAUUAAUAUGACAUAACUCUUUUGUUGCUUUGUGUCCUGUGUUUAUGAACAGGUGCAUCAUUCAAACCACGGGGGCCGACGAAUUCUAGAGAAACCAAGGCUUUCUUCCUGCAUGAUGAAGGGAAAACCUUACAAAUCAAGGAGGUCCCUCAGCCUCCUUCACAUUCAAUGCAUCAAUAUGCAUUGGUUUUAUUUUGUGUUUUUUUUUUAAGGUCUGAAAUAUAAUCACUGAGGGAGAAUACUAAAUUUAACAUUGGAUUUUAUCAGUUGAAUGAUUUUUUUUUUUAAACUCCCUGCUUCCAAAGCACUUUUUUUGUUACAUGGGCAGUGUAACAUGCUUGGCCAGUGAAGGGUGACUUUUAUUUUUAUUUUUUUAAACAUUACAAAAACUUUACUAAUUAGUUUACUUUUAAAGUUGGAGUUUACGAAAGACCACAUUCGUUACCAUAUGCACUGAAUCAAUCCAUUCAGCUUGUACAAAAAUGAAAGAAAAAACAAACUAUGAAAGUUUGUAUCAGACUCACGGGUCAUUUUCCAGCAUACCAGAUCUGGUAAUGUAUGACACACACAAGUAGAUCAUGAAUUGUUCACAAACAGGGAUUCAAGGGAAUGCAGUGAAAUACAUCUUUGAGGAUAAAACCAAGAAUGCGCUAUAAUAACAAGAAAGGGAUUAUAUCGUCACGUCGUCUUGGAUCAUUUUGUUUCCUGAACCAACUGGGUUAACAUCCAUUUGCUCGAUCCCAGGCCAGUGAGGCCUUUUUUAUAUACUCUCUGAUAGACUAGCUGUAAUUGCUCGCAGUCACUGUUGUCCGCAGUGACUGACUCCAUGCCAUGUAAUAAGGAGCAAGUAGCCUGGCAUUUAACAAUUUCUUAUUGUAUAUUUAUACACUUUAUUUUGUGUUUUUGGCUUUUCUUGUUUUAAUUAUAUGCAAUUUUCACGAACUGCAGGUUUUCUGAAGGGAACUGUAAUUAUUAUUAUUUAUACAUUAAUGUAGUAUUUACAUGUAUAAACCCAGAACUCCCAUAUAUGUUUAUACAUAAUAUGUCUUUUGUCGUUCUGACUGUGUGUACAUAUGUACAUGCAUACAGGGUGAGCCAUAUUUAAGGAACACCAGUUUUUGUAAGACGUUGAAUUUUAUGUUAUGUCUUACCAUCGACCAUCAAUAGUCUUACACGCUUUUGGUGAGAUUCUGUAUAUUAUUAGUUUGUGUUUUAUGGGAGUUCUGGAUUUUGCGCAACACUAAUAGAAAGAUGUGCAUGUUACAUUUUUCUUUCUUUUGUUAUGACUAACAAGCCACUAAAUAGAUUGUAUGUGAGUUUUUUUACAUUGACUGAAAGCUUAGCCAUUGAACCGUGAGCCAUUAGGUGCACUCCUGUGUGUAUUUCCGUAUAGUCUCGAAGACUGUGGUCCACUGUCCCAGGUAUCUCCUGUUUCAAAUCUUGCUUGUUAUUAUUUUUGAUCUAACAUUUACUCAUGACAUUCAGGAGUUCCCGUGUUCAAUGAAAUUGAUUUGAUGUGCUCUUUGUUCAGUGUGAUUGUGGAAAUCAAAGCACUCUGAUCCACCAGACUAAUGGAAAUAUGACUUGACGCUGUUCUAAAUGAUUAACUCCUUUCCAAUUUCUUUUGAAAGCUGUUUGAAUUGAUUCCACUGCUCCAACCUUCUCCAAAGUCCGAGCAUGAAAGUGAUGUUAUAUAUUCCUAUUCUAUGUUUUACACUACAAGUGAUCUGUCUGUGGAUUGCGAACAAGAAGGUAUUGAGUCAAUCAGGCACCCUUUGUUUUUGCUGCUGGAAUAUGUGUGCCGAUUUGGGCAUCUUUAAACUCUGCAGUAUAUUAGUGUAUUCUCCCGCGUCCAAGGUAAUUUUCUUACUAAUAUUUCUCUUCCUUGACCUUUUGCGUGGGGAGUUUGGAAGCUUACCAAAACAAAUCGGUUAUGGUUUCCAUAUCAAAUCACUAUCCAAAAUCAAUGCAGUUAGACAUACAGCCUUAUUGUUACAUUGUACAUAUCUUUACAGUUUGCUUUUGGCGUUUCCUGUCAUUUGAGGGAGAUGUUUAACUGAUGCUUAGAAUGAAAUGUCACAAAGUAUCUGUGGCUCUCAGUGUUUGGAGCCUUCGUAUGUUAAGUGCAUCAUAUAGUUUAAUGAUGUCCUAUAUUUUCAUAUUUCUCUUAUCCUAUGCAAUCACGUUUGUUUUUUGUUUUGUUUUUUUUUCCUAGACAAAAGAAAAGGUUAAGCUGGCACUGUACGUUGCAUAGCUCUGAUUUUAAUCUCCGCCCUGUGAGCAUUAACUGAUUAUCUGCUUUGUCACCAUGGUAAACAAACCGGUUAAAAGAACUGUGACUUGAUAUUAUUUAGGAGUGGUGAGUUGAUGUUAUUAGAGGAUUUUAAGGAGUUGAGAGAUUUUUUUUUUUUGCUCUGACGUAAAUUAAAUGAUGUCUGUGUAAAUGAACUCGCACAAUAUCUUUUUUCCUCUUUUAACACCAAAGAAUGUCUGGGUUUCACUAGUAACGUCUUUAUAUAAUAUAUGGCUUGAAAUAUCUAAUCAAAUUAUAUUUAUGUACUGUAACUGUAGAAUUGAUGUUUGCUCUGCUGUGCAGGAUAUAACUAGCACACUUCCAAUUCCUAUUUAUUUUUGCCUCUUGUAAAACUAAUAUUUAUAUAUAUAAAUCAGGGAAACCUCAUGUGAGAAUCCCUGGUUUGGUAUUUCAUAAAACUAAGUAAUUGGUUGAAUGAAAUGUCUUCAACAGUAAACAAUUUGUGAGAAGAUUGCUGCAAUAUAGCAAAAGACAACCAUUUAACCGUCUAUUCAAUGAUAUAACAGGCUUUAUUUAUCCAUUGCCAAAAAUAAACAUAAAACUAACAGUUGUAUGUAUAUGCCUAUAUGCUAUAAGCCAACAGGUGAUAUAUUGUGUCUCUCUAUAUUCCCUAUUAGUAUAAUAAACAUCCCUUCAGAAUCAUUUCAGAAUUACUAUGUCCAAAUAAUCUGGAACAAUCAUUGAAAAAGGAGAGGGGAGUGCAAUUGAAAAACAAAACAAAAAAAAACCAACGUAUUAUAAUAGGGAGAGAUCACCUAAAUUGUCCAUUGGCUGUAAUGUUAGUACAGG